UAUGUACAAGUAAAAUUAAAAUAUUAAAAAAAACGUAAUGUACAAAUCAAUCGGCAUCAUUUUCAUUUUAUCUCGAUGAUUCAAGAAAGUUCAUAAAUGGGAACUGCCUGCAGUCUGCGCAGAGGACCACGUUUUGAGCCCUCUACACAGCUAGUUUUUUGCGCAUCGUACUUGAAUAUUUCCGAGUGUAGUAUAGUAUUCCGCCGUACAAAUAAAUGACACGCAAUAGAACCAAUAAAAAACGAUGCGCAGUUUUUAUAAAUCGAGUGAUUGCAUAGACGAAAACUGAACAGUAUAUCUGUAAUUUGAUUUGUAAUAGCCGAGAAGUUUCAUAACAGUGCGGGAACUGUAGGAUAGUAGUAAAAUUGAAUGUUUUGAUGUCAUGCAGAGGCAUGACUUCCAUGCCCUGCGAUACGGAAGGGCGUGCGGUGCAGAUUACGUUUACUAUGAAUGAUUUUAUCUCUUUCUAAACUCUAGUGUCUGUGAAUGACCGAGUGAAAUAGCGUACCAAAUUAUGGAUUGAAUAGUGUUGUUGAUGUAUUUUGUUAUUUUCAUAACGUAACGCGAUUAGGAUAAAAUUAUUGUUAUCGUGGCCGCGAGGAAUCAGUGUGGCGAGUGGCUCGGCGCCUCGGAGCCGCAUAUACGGAACUGCGUUGGUUCGCGAAUCGGGCGUUAGAUUUAUCGUCUGGCGCGUUACUAUUUACGCACUUUUCGAAAAAGAUAGUACGUAUUUUUAGUCGCCGCGCGUGUUUCACGUGAACCGUCGGGAGCGUCUCGUCAGGUCGGGUGACCGCGAUCGCGGAAUUCGUAAACAACCUCAAGGUCGGCGGGCAUGUGCCAGAGUCGCUAGGGCUGCGAUGCGGGCACGCUGACAUGUCUGCGGCCGGCGGGGGCGGCGCGGGCGCCGUGGUGCGCCAGGGGCACCUGAGGAAGUUGAAGACGAUGAAGAAGAAAUACUUCGUGUUGCGAGCGGAGAGUGCAGAUUGCUCGGCUCGGCUGGAUUACUAUGAGUCUGAGAAGAAAUUUCGUGCUGGCGCGGCGCCUCGCCGAGUGUUACCUCUAAAGAGUUGUUAUAAUAUUACGCGCCGCUUGGAUCUUAAGCAGAAGCAUGUGAUAGCACUAUUUACUCGUGAAGAACAGUUUUGUGUGGUGGCAGAGAAUGAGCAGGAGCUACAUGGCUGGUUGACUGCCAUCUUGCGACAACACUCCUCCGAUGAGAACAGCGAUGAACUCCUACAUCCUAUCCAACACGUUUGGCAAGUAAACGUACAGAAGAAAGGACUGGGAGCGUCGAAGAACAUCCAGGGGCUGUACAACCUGUGCUUGACGGACAAGACGCUGACACUUGUCAAGAUCAAGAGCCACAACAAUGUUAUCAGUGAUUUAGGCAUCCCGGAGAAGAUCGAGUAUUCCUUGAAGAACAUUAGAAGAUGCGGCGAUUCAGAGUGCUUCUUCUACAUGGAGGUGGGCCGACAGACGGCGACGGGCGACGGCGAGCUGUGGAUGCACACAGACGACUCCAACAUCGCGCAGAGCAUGCACUCCACCAUCUACCAUGCCAUGCGCAACUGUGCGAAAGAGACAGAGAACGAGAGGGAUCACAUCACGAUGCCGAAAUCAGACGACGAGCACCCUCGUCCUCGACGGCAAACAGUCUCCGAAGGCCAAAGGCCUAGAGCAGGCCUUUCCAACGAAAAGGGCCUCUGCGUUGGCUCAUGCAUUAGACAAUGCGUGUGUUCAACCAACACUUACUCCAUAGAUGACUCGGCGGCCGCCAUUGCGCCUCUCACGACCAACGCCGAAAACCAACCACCGAAUAACUCACUAAUAACCGAUAAAACCGACCAUCCUCGUCUCAUAAAACACCACCGAACCGUCUCACUGCCCACCGGGUGCCCGCUCUUCCAAGAACCCCUCAAGAUAGUACACGAGCGGACGAGAUCUGCACCUUUAACUGGGGACGAAGUAGAUAGAGUGACCAUUGAGCGGGCUCAGAGGCACUCCUCAUGCAAAGCCGUCAAUGGAACUGAGACGUCGAAGAAAACGCAGUGGAGCCGGCGCGCUAGUACGGGGGCGCGGCUGUCUAAACUCUCGCCCGCUCAUACAAAGAACGCAGCCGGUCCGUUUAGGAAUCGUUGCGAUAGUAUGCCCUCGAAGGCGUUUAAGUCUUUGGAGGCGGAAAGGCCACCUACACGGCAUUCGGAGAUCAUUGAAGGCCUGAGUGCGUCCCAUGACGAGGCGGACGCGGUGGAGUGGCACCGCACACCGCGGAUACCUGAGGAGCCCGACUACUGCGAGAUGGGACCGCGGGAUAGGUUUAGUAAAUUGGGUCGCGAACCAGCGAGCCACUCCCGGACCUCAUCAAUAGCGGCCUCCGAGACGUCCCCAGAGAACGUCAAUGAUGGCUACCUUCCCAUGGCACCAGAAUACCCUGCUGCGACUGAUGGCUACCUUCCCAUGGCGCCAUUAGACCAUGGCUUGGUAUCAGCUUCUAGCGGCUCUGUGUGCAGUGGGACGCCCUCGACGGAUCCUCGGUUUAGCGAAUACCAGCUGGAACCGGCCAUGUCGCACAUAAUAGACGCGGACGAGCGGCCGCCCCGCGCCUACAGCGUGGGCUCGCGGCCCGCGCCCACGCGGCCCGACGUCACCCGCCUCCGGGCGUACAGCGUGGGCGCCCGCAACAACCGCGUGGUGCCGCUGCCGGCGCGCGCGGCGGGCGCGCGCGCGUCGUCGUCGGCGCCGCUGCUGCCGCGCACGUCGGCCGACGACCUCAUGGAGCUCGACUUCUCGCACCCCGACCCCAACCCAGCCAAGGUGAUAGUGUCCCGCACACCGCCGGCUAUGGGCUUCGUGCACGGGCGGGCGACGGCGCCGCGGCCGCACACGCGCGAGGAGGCGGGCGCGGGGUACGUGGAGAUGCGGCCCGGCGCGCCCGAGCCCCUCCCCCUCCCGCCGCCGCCGCCGCCGCCGCGCGUCGCCACCACGCCCGACGGCUACGUGGAGAUGAGCCUCGGCUCUAGAACGCCCCUCCGGCCAGCGGUCCUCGCGUCCUCCCCGCAAACCCGUUCCCUCUUAACGGACACCCUGUUUCCUCUCACCCUGGAGUCGCCUCCAGAAAGCGUGGAGCCGGAACCGGCGAGGCAACCAGCGAAACCGGACCCUAAGCCGGACCCGGCACCGGAGCUGCAUCACCCGCUUACGACUUUGAGGGAGAUUUCCGAGGAAUGUCCAAGGAAAAGUCCCGAGCUAUCGUCGUCGCCUUCGUACGUGGCUCUCAGCCGGCAAACCAGUCGCGUGGACACGGAGAAGCAAGGCAACCCCACCAUUGUCAAGGCUGGUGGCGCGUCGGGGCCGGCGCGCUUCGACCCGCGGCCCGCGGCCCCCGCCGGCCUCCACUACGCCGCGCUCGACCUCGAGCAGCGCGCCGCCGCCGCCGCCGCGCCCCCACCGCCCCGCACCUACACGCAGAUCGACUUCCUGCGCAGCGAGAAGCUCGCCGCCGACAACUAGCCCGCUCACACUACUGCCCACUGCAGGUAGAGGGAGGGGGACAGCUUGUAUAUUAGACUGUAUGCGUAUGUGUGUUGACAGAAGCGCGCGGAUACCGCGCUGUCGACUAAUGUGCGAGAUGCUCGCCGCCGACAACUAGCCCGCUCAUUCCUCUACCCGCCACAUGUAGCGAGAAAGGGAUGGCGGCACCGAGUGUCUAUCCACUACUGGUACGGAAUGGGACAGCGCUUAUAGAGGAUGUGCGUAUGUGUGCUUUAAUAAGCGCACGCCGUCGACUAAUGUGUGAUAAGCUCGCCGCCGACAACCAGCCCGCUUACACUAGUGUUCAUCGCGGGUAGCGGGAGCGAGAUAGACGACAUGCGUACAUGUGUGUGGUUAUACAUAACCGCUGACGAAUGUCGGCAAUAUUUAACUGACCAUUUGGACCUUAUGUCGUUGUGAUAAGGCUUACGAAUGAUCAGUUAAUUCUGUCGACGAUCGACAUCAAACAUCAACGAGUACACAGAGACAAAGGAAUUUGAAUCUUAUACACAGUAAUUACGUUCUAUAUUUUAGCGGCGCCACAAACCGCGGUCGUGGGCGUUCGACGCUGUCACUUCAAUAUGAAAAGUAAACUAAUAGUAUGUAAUAUUCAAAUUCGUUUUGUAAUAUUCAAACGCGUCUAAAAAUCGCACACCCUGUUUCCUCUCACAAAAAAUGAAUCGCACAUAAUACAGUGUUGAUUGCUACGUACCUUAUAAUCAAUACACACACAUACAUCGCUGUCGAUCUACAUAUACAUAUAUUGUCGGUACUAUAAGGCGAAGUUAUAGUCGACUGCCAUUUAUUGUGUUAAGUCGGUUAAAUGAUUGAGGGAAUUGGAACGCGGGCUAGCGACUGUUUAAAUGUGAAAUUUGUAAAAAAAUCAAUACAUUACACAAAAAAAAUCUCAGAGUUUAAUGAAACCUAAAAUCGUAAUAUAUCUUUCUGAGUCUAGUUCUUGACAUAAAUUCGUUCGAAAUUAAAUUUUAAUUCACAUUACUACAUUGAAAUGUAAAAUCUACAUGUGGUCAAUAAAACACUUCAAACCCAAUAGUCAAAAAACUAAGUGUCUUGCGUCUUGGCUUAAAUGACUUGUAUCCAGGCCAUAAGUAUUUAAAAAAAAAUCGUUUAAACAGUUCGCAAUGCCCAUUAUGAGAGACUGUUGUUAAUGUAAGUUGGUAUCAUGCGUCGAUGUUACAGUUUUGAGGGUACAGAUUCGAAGGGAGAUGUAAACGCAAAUUUGAACUCUAAAGUAUAGAGUUUAAAGUCUUUAUUGUAUUGAUUCCAUCUCUCCAGAUCCUUGUAAGAGCGCGUGGCUAGAGACAUAGUAAAAAGAAAAAAGUAGAAAGAUUAAAGAGAAACGAGAGCGUACAUUUUGCAUAUUGUAUCACGUUUUUAUAUUAGUGUUCUACUUUUAUCUCUGUACUGUGUAAAGUAAGAUAAUGUAUACACAUUUAUUUUUUAUUUUUCAAGUUACGAAUCGCUCUAAAUCUUCUCGCUAGCUUCUGAUACUAUUAAUUAAUAUUUCGUUAUUAAUAUUAUUAAAAAAACGGUACGCAUGUAUUAAAAAUAUCGAAAUUGAAUGUGCGAUAUCCAUUUUAAAAGUGUAUAAUGUGUUUGUACAGCGGAAAAAAAAAGAUAUUUUAGAAAGUAUGAUAAUUAUGUAACAUUAAUUUCGCUGGAAACUAAAGAUAUAUUUCUAUAUUAUUAAUUCAUUGUCAUCCAUGUUGCUAUGUAAUGUCAGAGACAAGUAAAGUAAAGACUGGUAAUCUUAAUACAAAUUUUCGUCAUUGUUGUAGAAACGAAAACGUAACUUUGUAUAAAUAUUACUAAGUAUUUUGCUUUAGUUGUCUCUGGCAAUAUCAAUCGUUUAUUAUAAUUGGUCUAUACGUGUACUUAUAGUUACUAUCGUCUAUUUAUAUUUAUAACUUGAAAUUACUACUUCUAGUACAAUAGCGGAAUGCAAAAAGCAAUAAAAAUAUAAAAUAAAUGUGCGCAGGUAACAACAGUGGCAAAGGAAAGAACAUAAAAAUAAUUUAAAACAUAUAAAUAACCUCCUAAGGUUUUGCAUGCAAAAUAACCUUAAACUUGAAUUUUAAAGUUGGACAAAAGAAAUUCAACUCUAUACCUUACACGUGAAGUUUCAAAUUUCGUCGUCUGUAUUUCUGUAGCGGGCCUUAGGAGUUAACAUAGGGAGUAAUAGAGCGAUUCUCAAAUUUAUUGUAAUUAUUUUCUCAUGGCGCAUCGCAUCGGUAACACUAUCUCUCCUUCUGAAACUCAGAUGCCUUUAUGAAGGACAAAUUCCAACAUUUAUUUUUCUACUUUUAUCAAAUAACAAUACAAUACAAUACAAUACAAAUACUCUUUAUUGCACACCUCAUUACAGAAAACAAUACAAAUAAUACAGAAGGAAAAGGUUAAACAACAGGCGGUCGUAUCUGGAUUUACUUCUGGAUGUAUCAUAUUUGAUACAUGAGCAGUUAAAAGGUUAAGUUUUUAUCGCUAGAGAUUUUUAAAGUCGUUUGUUAUUUAAAAAAGGUUAUAUUAUUUUUAUUUAUGCUCCGACGUUCCACUGUCCAAUGUUCCGAUGUUCCAAUGUGUGGACAAAUUGAAAUCGAAUUUUGGAUCUCUUCCAGACAACCUUCCAAACACAACACAAAAUAGCAAGUUUCCAAAUUAAAAAAAAAAACAAAGGCUUCUAGGAUCCUAGACAAAACCUUACAACAGUGUUCAUGUAUACAGAUUAAGAACUUCAGAAGUCUUGAGCGGUCAAUGGGUUAAAAACUCUGAGCAUGAAAGCAAAACUUUUGAUUUGAGAAAAUAGUAUACAAAAAUUUAGAUAAUCGCUCAAACGCCUGACUUUAACGUCGGGCUCCUGUGCCAGGGUUGUGAUGGAGGCCUAAAGUAGCACACUCAGUUUAAGUUCCCUACGAUAUACUACCUAUUGUGUUCUUAGAGUACUCUGUUCACUAGAGUAUUGUGCAAUUUUUACCACACGAGUAAAAUAGUUAUUUCUACACUGUUACUGUUUGUUGUUGGCCUGUACUUGGCUAUUUGAUCCAUUCCUGAUUAUACUGAUUUAUUAUUUAUUAAUACGUAUGCGAUUAAUUUCUGGAUGUAUCAUAUUUGAUACAUGAGCAGUUAAAAGGUUAAGUUUUUAUCGCUAGAGAUUUUUAAAGCCGUUUGUUAUUUAAAAAAGGUUAUAUAUUUUUAUUUAUGCUCCUAGUUCCAAUGUCCUUCUAAAAGGACAAAUACAAAUCGAAUUUUGGACUAAUCGAACUUUGAAUAGAAUGAAUGAAGGUUCAAAAUUCAAAACUACAAAAAUGACUCUGGGACUUCGGAGGAAGCGACGCCCACUAACCUCGCUUGUAAAAUUUUUCAUACGUUUCAAUCAUAUAAUCACGAAUGGACAUCAAUUUUAUAAAUUAACAAGUAAUCAUAUUACAAUGAAAUAAAUAUAAAGAAAACAAUUUUAAGGCUGACGAUCGAUUUUAAGAGAUACGAAAUCGAUGUGGUUCAAAACACGGUUGAUUACUUGUUAAGGAAAUGUAGUCAAGUUAUAAAUGAAAUACUCUGAGCUUGUUUGGAAUUGAACCUCGUACCCUAAGGUGACGUCAGAAACUACUAAAGUAAGGACACUAGGCACGAAGAAUUCCGUACAUCGUCCCGCCAUUUCCCAUCUCUAUCGCAUGCACAUAAUUAUAGUGCUGUCCCGCUCGCACAGUGGCAUUGACCGCCAGCAUCAUCGGCGAUACAGCAAUACAUGUAUAAUUAUUCGCGUGCCAUAGAUUUACCCCCUUAUUCAUAAACGUUUACUAAAGUUGACAAGCCGAUAAUAAUCGUUUGUCCCUUUCCGACGUAUUGGUAUGAUGGAAAGGGACAAACGAUUAUUAUCGGCUUGUCAACUUUAGUAAACGUUUAUGAAUAAGGGGGUUAGCAAGUAGCGAGUCAGUGUACGAAAUUCUUCACUUCCUUAGUUUAUUUUUCCAUGCGUCCUUACUACAAUUAAUUUUAUACUAGCAGUCGGUCGUGUCAAAACCUUAACACAGUUUUAGAAUUACUAGGCUUCACAGUAAUUUUGCACAAGCUUGCUUAAAAACUGCUUUUAAACGCUAGCCAUUUUUACUGUACAUAUAUUAUUUGACGUGACAAGUUAAUGUUCUCGCUUCGCACACUUUGAAAUAAUAUGUACAGCUGCAAAUUUAUAGUACCUAUAUGUAUAUUAAAUUCAUCGGCGGUUGAAACCUAGAAAGUGAAAUAUGAAUACUAUUGGUGGCUUUGACAGUAUCAGGUCUUUGGAACUCUUCGCGCGACCUCAGAUUUAUAGCUAUGCAUCGCACACCGUAGAAGGUGCGAAUUGAAUAACCUCUAGCCGCCCAGAGACCUAUAAAAAGGUCUCCUGUUCCAUUCUAAUUUGAACUUUGUGUUGACAAAAUCAAACUUUCAUUUUGCUUGGCAAGGUUUGACGUUUGGGCGGCUAGAGGAUACAAUUCGAUCGACCAAUCACUGCUUGUAUUCAUGUUAUUAUUCUUCCUAGCAUUGCUCAAUAUUCUAAAACAGGCUCAGACUUUAUGUACGUAAACGAUGUGUUCAAUAAAGUAUCUGUUCACAGUGUUCACACCCAAAUUAUAUCGUGAAUUAUAUAUUUCACCAGCGUUUGAGAUUUUAAAACAGGUAGAUCGCUUAUUUUCUUUGUUAUGAGUGGUAUUUAUUUCGAGUUGUUAUAUAUUAUGGAAGUAUUUUCGUUUAAGGCUUAACAUAACUUUAAAAUCAAAAUGUGUUACGGAGUAUUGAUUAAUACUUGUAAUGAUGUAGAUUUUUUAUUAACAUAUUGAUGAUAAAUCUAGCGCAUGCAUCAAUAGGCUCACGUAAGUGAAAAACAAAUAUCGUUGGCACUAAAGUUGCAGCUAAUAUUAAGUUACAAAAAAAUACUUUCCAUUUUCAGCUCUCAGUUGUAUCAUAUAUGAUACACAAUCAUUCGAGAGGUUUCGUUCUGCGUAGGAAAGAGGUUAAGUCAAUAUGUAUCCUAUUUGAUACAAAACGGUCAAAUCGUUGAUACCAAUGUUUCGUAACACAUUGUAGCAUGGAACGAAAUGCAUGAAUAUAAAUAAUACGUUUACUUGUUGAUUAUUAAGUGUGUCGGCUCUGUGACCUAUGGUCAAUGUGUUCUGUUUUAUUUUCUGUUGUCGUUGUCAAAAAUAUUCCACUUUGUCUAUUCUCAAUAAAAAACACUACAAAAGAUAUUGAUAGUAGACAAUGUGGCAUCUUUUGCAUGUGAACGUCACAAUUUUAUGCAUUUUUAUCCACCGAUUGUUCCUUUUAUUGUUAAUUUUAUCUUAUAAUGGAUUUAUCCAUUAGUAUCGAUAAUGAAAUGGUAUUUUAAUUAUUUUAUUGUUUUAAUAAUAGUUACCACUACAAUUAACCAGUGUAUUAUUUUGCUCCAGUGAGUUUUUCUAUUUUAAUUGGCUAAUUUUGACACCAUAGAGUCGACAACACUGUUUUUAUUUUCCCGAAAAUCGUUUUCGUUAUUUUAUUAAUAAUAUACGCUGUAUAAUAUAGUUUUAAGUGAUCGUUAUACAAAAACAAUAGUUCCACAAUCUUCGUUUGUGUAAGUGCAAUUUUAAUAGUCUUGUAAGGAAAAGGGCCCUCCAUAUUGCGACCUUUUCGCACGAGUUCUUAAAAAAGUGAACUUUUUCUUUACUCAAUCGCAUAUUUAAUAUUCUAAGAGGAAAUCUGUAUGAAACAUUAUUAGAUUACUGUUACAAGUAUCAGAGGUUUCAAUAUUUUUUUACAUCUUACACAGUCAUCUUUUAGAUUAAAAACCGGCCAAGUGCGAGUCGGACUCGCUCACGAAGGGUUCCGUACCAUUACGCAAAAAACGGCAACAAAUUUGCGUUUGUUGUAUAUGGGAGCCCACUCAAAUAUUUAUUUUAUUCUGUUUUUAGUAUUUGUUGUUAUAGCGGCAACAGAAAUACAUCAUCUGUGAAAAUUUCAACUGUCUAUCACGGUUC